AUGGAUGAGGCCUACUUGCUUGAAGCUCACGGGGAAGCUACGCACAAGUACCGGGACCGCGGGCAUUUCAAGAUCGUCCUAGGCCUAGGCACCGUGAAAGAGAUCCUGAACAAGCUGGAAACAGUUCUCGGCCGGCUGGCGACCCAUUCUAUCGAUGGCGACGACAAGCGCAAAGAAGAGUCGAGGCGCAGCCGGUCGCGCAACGACGCAACUUCGACCAUCACUGCCAGCCGUUCCUCGCGACGGAGCGACAUGGUUGACUUCAAUGCUCCGACCAACUACCUCGGCAUUCGUUUGAGACCCGUCCUCACGGACUGUCCCAAGGAAGCCGCCGGCUCUGCAAACACCUCCCUCCACGACCUCCUUCUCGUCUUCGGCUCCAGUGCCCCAGGCGGAAGCAAAGGUUCGUAUCUGGUGCAGGGAUGUCACGACAUCUUCGAAGAGACAUUUCAAGUCGCAGAUGUUAUGGACUUGCGGACGCCGGCUCUUCCAAAGCAGAUGCCUCACCAGGCCGUGGAACUGCUUGACAGUGUGUUUCUCGUGGGAUUUACAGGAUUUGCCACACAAUUUUCAAACGACGGGCCACUGGUCCCGAGCCCAGGCGUUGAGCAGCUCAAGCCUUACACCGUCAAAGAUGCCGUCGAGGAUCAGAUUUUCGCAUAUGUGAAGUCCUUCCGACGAGAGGUCGCGCCCGGAAGCCGCAAAGCAAAGGACGCGGAGCACGAAGCUUCGAUGCAGUUCAAGCCGCAAACAGCGGCUGUGGGCUGGCAGCAGAACGCAGAGGCUCCGACGCAGGCUGGAGAUCCUUCUACGGUUGCUCCCAGGGCGGCAUUCCAGGAUACCUGGGAUCAGUCGAGCUCUGCCGCCUGGAAGGACAGCUCCCAGGCGAGUUGGGGCCAGAAGGGAGCUGCUUGGAAGGACGGCGCCCAGGAGACCUGGGAUGAGGCGGGUCCUUCCGCGUGGAAGGACAGCUCUCAGGAGACCUGGGACGAAGCAGCACCUUCGGCCUGGAACGAGAGCUCGAAGGAGAUGCCCCAACAAGCCGCUGCUCCUGCGGCUGCCGUACCUCCCCGGUGGCCGCAGGGCUCGCAGUUCGGCCAAAGCAUGCGGCCACCGGAACCGAAGUUGCGGUCGCUGCCUCCGCUAAACUUGGCUCCUGAGCUCACGUCAGCGUCCGCCAAGGCGCAAGCGCCGUCUCUGGUCCCACCCCGUGUUGUGGCUCCGCCAUCCCGGCCACAGGGACCGGUCGUCCCUGGCAUGAGAAGACUACAACAGGUUCCAGCAGCCUUCCAGCAGGAGGUUCGGCCGGCCGAAACAGGCGGAUGGACCCGAGCCGGAUUCCAGCAGCUCUUCGGCGAUGCCCAGGACCAGGAGGAAGCGGAAGAGGAGUACGAGGCCCCCGCCGGCCGCUCCCAAAAAUGGCAGGACUGGUGGGGCAAUGACAAGGAGGAAAAGUGGGCGGAGGAUUGGUGGCAGAACGACCAGAAGAACAAGGAGGACUGGGGUUGGCAGAAGCAGGAUGACUGGCGUGAGGAAUGGCAAGCUGGAGCUGAGGACCAGUGGCACUCGCAAGCGAAGGACGCAUGGAACUCACGAGCGGAGGACGAGGAUGAGCGAGGAGACUGGCCAGCCGCAGAGGAGACGUCUGUACCCAGCCCCACCGGAAUGCCACGAAAUCUUCAGACCACUGCGAAGGCAAAGGCGAGGCCGAAAGCCCGCCCGCCGCACCCAGCUGCGACGGGGCCUCGUCCCCCUGCUGGACCUCCACCCGCCGAAAUUCUCAACAAGCAGCGGGCGUUCAUGCCACCGAAGCCAAAGUUGCCGAGCAUGCCUCCACCUGGAGGACGCCCGCCUGUUCCCAACAAGUGGGCUGCUCUCAACGAGGAUGACGAUGACGAUGAAGAGCCGCCGCCAGCCACCGAACAGGAGUCCAGCAACGGAUGGACGGACGAGGAGUGGCGCGAAUGGAAAAACCAGCAAUGGAAGGAGAAGCAUUGGAAGGAUGAGAAGUGGCAGGACGAUGGCUGGAAGACUUCUUCUUCCUGGAAGGAGAAGUGGUGGGAAAAGGAUUGGGGUCGUGGGGAAGACGAAGAGGACGGAGCCGGCUCGGGCACAAGGCGCUGGAGCGAUGCGAAGGAGAAAGGAAAAGGCGGCGCGAAUGGUCGCUGGGAGUGGCAGGAGGACGACUCACCAGAGCGAUGUGGCGACACAUGGGAGCAAGCUCGAGAGGAGACAGGGCUCCAGCUGAUUGGUGAGAUCGCGCCGGAAGAUGCAGAAUGGGAGUACAUCCUCCUGGAUGAAUCGCGUCGCUCCUAUGCAGCCUUCCUGCAGUGCCCCUUUGAUGAAGCUCAAUGCGCAAGCUUCUUUCAAAGAGUAAAGGAGGGAACCGAGUGGAAGCAACCCGAGAAUGUUUUCGGAAAGCUGGUCCCUCGACAGACGGCUUGGAUGACGAAGAAAGGCUGCAAGUGCACCUACCGCUACGGAGGCAUCGAGGUCGAAGCCCAGGAGUUUCCUCCGUUCAUGAUUGAGCUCCUACGAGCUUCCAUGCACUACUGCGGCAUUACCAACGAAAGAGACUGGCCUGACUCCUGCAAUCUCAACUACUACGAGGAUGGUGGAGCUUCGGUCGGCUGGCACGCAGACGACGAGUCUCUCUUCCAAGGGAAGCACCAGGAUAUCCGCAUCGUGUCGCUCUCCUUUGGGCAAUCCCGGACCUUCGAGCUCCGCCGGAACUGGCCAGAGGGCGAUGAGCUGGGUGUGGAGAGGAUCGUGUUAAGCAACGGCGACCUGAUGACCAUGGAAGGCAUGACGCAGAAGCACUUCCAACACCGGGUGCCCAAAGAGCGCUGUGAAGGGCCGAGGAUAAAUCUCACGUGGAGAUGGGUCCGCAAGCAUCAUCCCAAAUGUCCGCUUGCUCGCAAUCGGCGAUAG